CACACGUGGAUCUGUGUGGCGUCUGCAGUGGUCAACAUCAUCCCACAGUGGGCCAACUCACAUCUCACGAGUCUACCAGCGGACUACUCGAGCAACCGAAAAGAUCAUGCCUGUCGUGCGGUUUUACAGAGGAGAGGAGACCGGGACAGGUCGGGUCAUACGAAGGAUCGCACAACUGUAUCCAGAUGUCAAUAUAGCAACAGAGCUUUGCUACAAUGUAGAACUGGAUGGGUCUGAGUCUUUGAGUGUGGAGCAGAAAGAUAUAUUGCGCUGGUUGUUUAGUCCUCCUUAUUCUGUCAGCUUGUCAGAGGAGCCCACUUUAAAACCAGUGGAUGGGGCAAGACUGGUGGAGAUUGGACCCAGGUUGAACUUUUCCACUGCUUGGUCCACCAAUGCCGUGUCCAUCUGCCAAAGCGCGGGUCUGAGCCGGGUGACGAGAGUGGAGCUUUCCCAUAGGCAUCUAAUCAAGCCCCAGGAGGGAAAUAAUGUUGUACUGAAGGACGGCGAGAUUGAGAGACUGAUUUGCUGCUUGUAUGACAGCAUGACCGAAUGCGUUUACUCCCGGCCAAUCACGUCGUUUGCUGUUGAUAUUCAGCCGCAGGAAGUAUUUGAAGUGGACAUUCUAGGAAAAGGUCGUGCUGCCUUAGAGAAAGCCAAUGAUGAACUUGGAUUGGCAUUUGAUUCUUGGGAUCUGGACUACUACACUGCACUCUUCCAGAGGGUGAAAAGGAAUCCAACCAGUGUAGAAUGCUUUGAUCUGGCUCAGUCAAACAGUGAGCACAGCCGCCACUGGUUCUUCCGAGGGAGAAUGAUCAUUGACGGAGAAGAGCAGAAGGAGACACUCUUCAGUCUUAUUAUGGGCACUCAGCACCAUAGCAACCAGAACAAUGUCAUCAAAUUCUGUGACAACAGCAGUGGCAUUAAAGGCAUGGACCUGGAGUGUAUGUAUCCCACAAACCCUGCACAAGCCAGUCUCUAUAAAACCAGACAUGCUACCAGACACGUCAUCUUCACUGCAGAGACACACAACUUCCCCACUGGUGUUGCUCCAUUCAGCGGAGCCACCACAGGUACCGGUGGGCGAAUCAGAGAUGUGCAGAGUGCUGGAAAGGGUGGUCAUGUGAUCGCAGGCACAGCUGGGUACUGCUUCGGCAACCUCCAUAUCCCAGGGUAUGUACUCCCAUGGGAAGAAGAUGGGUGGGAGUACCCGUCCAGCUUUGCUUCUCCACUCCAGGUGGCCAUAGAGGCCAGUGAUGGAGCCUCUGACUAUGGCAAUAAGUUUGGGGAGCCAGUCCUAGCAGGCUUUGCUCGUUCGUUUGGAAUGCGUUUGGCUAACGGUGAGCGGCGGGAGUGGAUCAAGCCGAUCAUGUUCAGUGGUGGGUUGGGCUCUAUCGAGGACCAGCAUGUGAAGAAAGAACAGGCUGCACCAGGUAUGGAGGUGGUGAAAAUUGGAGGUCCUGUGUACAGGAUCGGUGUUGGGGGAGGUGCUGCCUCUUCUGUACAGGUUCAAGGUGAUAACUCCAGUGCCAGGGAUCUUGGAGCAGUUCAGAGAGGAGAUGCUGAAAUGGAGCAGAAGAUGAACCGAGCUCUUAGGGCCUGCCUGGAGCGAGAGGAAGGAAACCCCAUUUGUAGCAUUCAUGAUCAGGGUGCUGGGGGCAAUGGUAAUGUGUUGAAGGAGCUGAGUGAGCCUGCUGGUGCUGUUAUCUACACUAGCAUGUUUAAGAGAGGUGACCCCACCCUCAGUGUUUUGGAGUUGUGGGGGGCAGAGUAUCAGGAAAGUAAUGCUCUGUUGCUCCGCCCCUCUGACCGGAGCUUCCUCGAGAGGGUGUGUCAGAGGGAGAAAUGUCCUGUUGACUUUGUGGGCAAGAUAACUGGUGAUGGCAAGAUUGUGUUGUUGGACGACCUGUGUAAACAGACUGAUGGGCUUGAUAGUGGGCGGUGCCCUGUGGAUCUGGAGCUGGAUUGGGUCCUGGGAAAGAUGCCACAAAAGGAGUUUGUAUUGGAGCACAUGGCUGUGUCUCUGCAGCCUCUCUCUCUUCCUGUGGGUCUUUCUGUCCUUCCAGCUCUGGAAAGAGUUCUCCGGCUGCCUGCAGUGGCCAGUAAGCGCUACCUCACCAACAAGGUUGAUCGAUCUGUCACUGGUCUGGUUGCUCAGCAACAGUGUGUGGGUCCUCUUCACACUCCACUGGCUGAUGUAGCUGUUGUUGCCCUAUCUCCAUUCAGCCUCCAGGGUGCAGCCACAGCGAUAGGCGAGCAGCCAAUCAAAGGGCUGGUGUCACCGGCAGCUGGGGCUCGUAUGGCUGUGGGAGAAGCUCUCACUAACCUGGUGUUUGCAAGAGUGUCUUCUCUCAAGGAUGUAAAAUGCAGCGGUAACUGGAUGUGGGCUGCCAAGCUGCCAGGAGAGGGAGUGUGUCUGUGGGAGGCGUGUCAGGCCAUGUGUGAAGUGAUGGGUCAACUGGGAGUGGCUGUGGAUGGGGGAAAAGAUUCACUCAGCAUGGCCGCACGUGUCAGUGGAGAAACUGUUAAGGCCCCAGGUGCUCUAGUUAUCUCUGUGUAUGCUGUGUGUCCUGAUAUCACUGCUACUGUGACCCCUGACCUGGACAACCCUGAUGGCAAAGGUGUGCUUCUGUAUGUGCCUGUGAGCUCAGGUAAAUACAGGCUGGGCGGCUCUGCUCUAGCUCAAUGUUACGGACAGCUUGGAGACUGCAGUCCAGAUCUGGAUCAGCCAGAAAAACUCUCUGCCUGCUUCAACACCACACAGACACUGAUCCAGGAUGGACUCCUGACCGCAGGACAUGAUGUCAGUGAUGGAGGGCUCAUUUCCUGUCUGCUAGAGAUGGCCUUUGCAGGGAAUCGUGGGAUGGACGUGGACUUGCCUUUAGAAGGCGUUGAUGUGAUGGAGGCUCUUUUUUCAGAGGAGCUCGGUCUGGUUUUGGAGGUUUAUGAGAGUAAUGCAUCGACCGUCUGUCAGAGAUACACAGAUGCUGAUCUCGUCUGUCACAGAAUCGGCAGAACUUCUGGUUUUGGACCCGAUGCCAUGGUCAAAGUAAGUCUGUGUGGACAGGAAGUGCUGAAUGAGCGUCUGCCCACACUUAGGGCGAUUUGGGAAAGUACUAGUUUUCAACUGGAGCGACUGCAGGCCAAUCCACUGUGUGUCCAAGAGGAAGAAGAAGGGCUUGCUUCUCGCACACAGCCGUACCUCAAGCUCACCUUUGACCCCUCUCAAACACCCAUCACUAAAGAGCUCUCUUCAGGGAAACCUCGUGUAGCUGUUGUGAGAGAGGAAGGCAGUAAUGGAGACCGAGAGAUGUCUGCUGCUUUGUUCAUGGCUGGAUUUGAGGUGUGGGAUGUCACAAUGCAGGACCUGUGCUCAGGCUCCACGACCCUUGACCCUUUCCGAGCUGUGGUGUUUGUGGGUGGUUUUAGCUAUGCAGAUGUGCUGGGGUCGGCUAAAGGGUGGGCUGCCACAGUGACCUUUAACCCCAAGGCUCGUGAGGAGUUUGAGCGCUUCCGCAAUCGUAAUGACACGCUGAGUCUAGGAGUGUGUAACGGAUGUCAGCUCAUGGCUUUGCUGGGCUGGGUGGGUGAAAGAGAGGGUGGAGGUUCUGAUGUUACUUUGACCCAUAACAAAUCUGGCCGGUUCGAAUCAAGGUUUGUGAGCGUAGGUAUCCUGCCCUCUCCAGCCAUCAUGCUUAAGGGAAUGGAGGGAUCUGCUCUGGGCGUUUGGGUUGCUCAUGGAGAAGGUCUGAUGCAGUUUAGCUCUCCUGAGGCUCAGCAGAAACUAAUCAGUGCCUCUUUGGCUCCUCUUCGUUAUGUGGACGACUCGGGCAACCCAACUGAAAUCUAUCCCAUGAACCCCAACGGUUCUGCGCAAGGGGUGUCUGGCAUCUGCUCAGCAGAUGGCCGUCACCUGGCCAUGAUGCCACAUCCAGAGCGGGGCGUGCUGGGCUGGCAGUGGGCUUGGGCCCCUCAGCACCUCAGGGGAUCAUUGGAGGCCUCGCCGUGGCUUAGCAUGUUCCGUAAUGCUGCAGUCUGGUGUCAGAACUCAUAGAGAAAUACUACAAUACAGCUAUGAUACACAACUAAACAAAUAAGCAGACUAGACAACUUAGUACUCAGUUCACCCAAAAACUGUAUACUCACCCUUAUGUUGUUUCAUACCUGCAUCCAUUUCUUUCUUCUGUUCAGCACAAAGGAUCGUUUGAAAACUGUUGAUAACCAAACAGUUUCAUAUAUAUUUGUCUUGUAUUUUUGGUCCAUACAGUGAAAGUCAAUGGGAACCAAAAUUGAUUGGUUAUCAAUAUAUUAGGUUUAAAAAGACAUGAGAAUGAGUAAAUAAUAGAAUUUUCAUUUUUGGGUGAACUAUCCAUUUAAGACUCUUGUUAGAGAACUUUGGAUGUUCUUGGACUGACUUUUUGAAAUCUAACAUUGAUACAUUUUUAAAUACAGAUCUAGUUUGUUGUAUGUUUGUACUCAGGUAGAAUUAACACGUGGAGUCCUGCUGGAAACUGAUGCCUCAACAUAUACAUGACUAAAUUCAUAAUGGAACCUUUAUUGAGCAUUAUUAAGAAUAAUAAAAAUGGCCGGUUAUCACCAUUUUUUGUUUCAAAAAUCCAAAAUAUACAUUCAACAAAUGAUUAAUAUUGCACUGUGAAGUUUUAAUGAUGAAACACUACAAUUUAAAUGUGUGCUAUUUGAAUUGCAUUAUUGAGAUCGAUUUUUGUUUUAAAAAAUGCUAAACAUACAUUCCUGAAAUUAACAUUCCACUGAAAAAGUUGUAGAUGAAACACUGCAAACACUAUCAAAGCAUUAAA